AAUACUCUAGGGGUCCCUGAAAUUGUACCCCGUAACAAAAUAAGUCCCUGAAAUUUUUUUUUCCGAUUCCGGAUCCCUGGAAUUGUUUUUUUAAUCAGAAUAAGUCCCUACACAUGUUUUUAGCCUAUCUGGCAUAUUUUUUGCUGACUCAACAUUUACACGUGACUUUUUCAUUUAUUUUAAUUACACAUGGAAUUAAAAAAACUAUUUUACUUUAUUUUAAAUAUAAAUCCUUUUUUACCUAAUUAACCUAACUCUAAUUAAACCCACUAACCUAAUUAACAUAACCCUAAAUUCCCAAAUCAAAAUCUAUCAGAACUGAAAGGAAAGAAAGGAAAGUCGAAGAAGGAGAAAGAGAAGCAGAGGUAGAAGGUGAAGGAAGGAAGCGUUAGUGUUCGACGGCGGGAACGGUGGCCACAACGACUUAGGUGAACGACGCGAUGACCCAGAACCAAAAGGCAUGGAGCGGACACGGUGGCUCGACAACGAGGAUGAACAACCAGAUGUGCGAAUCGACCCAGAACACACGAUUCUGUGCUCGAUCGUCCAGCUUCUGCACCCCAUGCCCAGAGAAAAGUUGUGGCUGUGGCAAACAAGUCAUUAUGUACAAGUCCAAUUCCAAGCUUAAUCCUGGAAAGCUUUUUUGGAGAUGUCCUGAUUGGAAGGAAAGUAGGACCUGUGGUUUCUUUGAAUGGGUCAAAGCUGAAGGUGAAGCUGAUAAUGAGGAAUCCUCUAAAGUGAAUGUAGAAUUGAAGAUUGUUGAGGACCUUACUGAGAUGAUGGACAAUAAAAUUGGUAAGCUGAGGGAAGAGCUGCAGGGAGACAUGAAGGAAAUCAUGCAGAGUGUGAUUGGCAAGAUCAUGGAAGACAAGAAUGAAAUGAAAGACAAGAAGAUUGCCAAGUUAAAGCUCAAACUGAAAAAUGAGGGCUUGAAGAGCAAUGUGUUGUUGGUGUUGUUAGUUUUAGGGUGUGCUGUAGUUUUGGCAAAGUAUUUCUAGGUUUGGUGAUGUUGUGUAAUGAACUUGAAUGCAAUGUCCCUUGUGUAAUGAAUGUAGCCAUGAAUGUAAUGCAAUCGUUUUUCAAUAGCUCCUUAUGUAAUGAAUGCUAUGUUCACUUAAUGAAAUGAAUCAGAAAUGGUUGUUGGCUCCAUUACUCUCUUUUGUUCCA